AAGGCGGCUCGUCGUUAACGUAAAUUUCAUUUCUAUUUCUCGAGCUGAAACCUAUAUUUUGACAGAUGACAGAUAGUGCAUGAACUCUUGAUGGCAAUAAAGACAGUCGGGAUGGUUUUGAAUUUAGGCCCCUAAUGUAAAAUCGAAAUAAAAAUGACAAAGCGAGCGAAUCCUUUUACUGACGAUCCGCAUCAAUUAAAAACACAUAUUGGACAAAUGGAAGUCGCCAAGGGUGUUGCUGGAAAAAGCAUUCUGGAAAAAAUUCAUGAGAAUACAAUGAAAAGACUUGUUGAUGGAGCUAAAAACUUUUACAAUGGAUAUGUCUGUGGCAAAGAUGAUGGGGCUGGAGAUGCAACUGAUAUAUCUGAAGCCCAGGCAGCAGGAAACAACAACAUAAACCGUUCUCAAAAACAAAGAAGCAUAGCGUCGUUUUUUGGUGGAACUUCAGAAAAAACAAAUAAAAUGGAGACUUCUCUGAACACAACUUGUUGUCGAGUUUGCAAAGACACUCAAGUCGCAAUUCAUUGCUCGUUUUGUGAAGCUCCGUCCUGUGUUUCCUGCCUGCGAACUUGCUCUGAUUGCGGACAAGAUUUUUGUUCUCUGUGUGCUGUUGUUAGUUAUAAAAGUACAAUGGAAAAAGCGUAUUGCCUCAACUGUGUUUCAGAUGUGUAGGUGUGAUGUGGAUGGCAUUGUUGCAUAAUAAUAAAUGACGUUUUUGAACAAUUGCAAUUAUUGCGAAGGAAGUUUAUAGUAUGUGGACAUGUUUAAAAACGGUUUCAAAUUUGCAAUGGUAGUGAUGUGGCCUAAA